GUGCAAUGACUGUUUUGAUUCUACUGCGGCAGUGAGCUUGCCUGCCUAGCUAACAAAGAAGUAUACUGUAGAUUUUGUUUUGAAAAAGUAAUUGGCGUUACAGUUCUGACGAUGAAGUUCGUUAGAUUUGUUAUGAAGAAUGCCGCUUUGGCAAAUGUGCCAAAACACAUAGAACAUUUUUCAAAAUUUUCGCCAUCUCCAAUUUCAAUGAAACAGUUCAUCGACUUUGGUUCUUCUAAUGCAUGUGAGAAGACUUCAUUCGUAUUCCUUAGGCAAGAGCUGCCCGUGCGGCUCUCCAACAUCAUGAAAGAAAUCAAUCUUCUCCCCGACCGGUUGCUCACGACCCCGUCAGUGCAAAUUGUCCAAAGUUGGUAUAUUCAAAGCUUGCUGGAUAUUCUAGACUUCCUGGAAAAGUCACCAGAUGACCACAGUGUUUUGGCAGAGUUUGUGACCACACUGGUGAAUAUCAGGAACAGGCACAAUGAUGUUGUGCCCACCAUGGCUCAAGGUGUCCUCGAGUACAAGGAAGCCUUCGGCGAGGAUCCGGUCACCAGCCAGAAUAUCCAGUACUUCCUGGACCGCCUGUACAUGAGCCGAAUAUCCAUCAGAAUGCUCAUCAACCAGCACACUCUUGUCUUUGAUGGAGAAAUGAAACCAGUUCACGCCAGUGCCAUAGGGAGCAUCGACCCUCACUGCAGUGUGACAGAGAUUGUCAGAGACGCUUAUGAAAAUGCCAAGGGGCUGUGUGAACAGUAUUACCUGAUCUCCCCUGAUCUGGUCUUGAAUGAACGGAACACUAAACACAGGACGCAGCCCAUCAAUAUGGUCUAUGUGCCUUCCCAUCUCCAUCACAUGCUGUUUGAGUUGUUCAAGAAUGCUAUGAGGGCGACCAUUGAAAACCAUGGCAACAGCACCCUACCACCUGUUGAAGUCAUGGUGGCAAUAGGAGGGGAAGACUUGUCUAUUAAGGUGAGCGACAGGGGUGGUGGAGUCCCCUUCAGGAAGAUGGAGAAACUCUUCAGCUACAUGUAUUCCACUGCUCCCGCUCCACAUAUUGGCCAACACGAGCGGCCUCCUCUGGCUGGCUUUGGCUACGGUCUGCCCAUCUCCCGCCUCUAUGCCCAGUAUUUCCAGGGAGACCUCCAGCUCUACUCAAUGGAGGGCUAUGGGACUGAUGCCAUCAUUCACCUGAAGGCUUUGUCCACCGAUUCUGUGGAGAGACUGCCCGUGUACAACAAGACGGCCAAGCGCAACUACAGAGUCAGCCAGAUGGCCGACGACUGGUGCGUUCCCACCACAGAGCCUCUGGACCUGGCCGUGUUCCGCCUGUCCAAAUGAGAGAUGGACGAAGGUCCAGCACCGCCGCUGAUUUGCUUGCAGGGGAUCCUGCUAUGGGCUAUAGGCCAGUGUCCAGUCCAGACCGAUGGGCUUUGGGGAAACAGACUUGAGGACAUUGCUCUGAUUGGGUGUGAUUUGGGUUUGUCCCUCCUUUAAAGCUUAAAAUGCCUCCAAAGCUGUUGAGUAAUAACAGCUGCUUAACUUCUACUGGUGACACUACUGUCAGGCCCACCAAUCACGUAAUGACGUUUCACUCGCCCAGCCUGAAAGUACAUUUCCACUAAAUGAGCCUCUUAGUAUUGCUUUCAUAGGAAUGAAAUGUAAUACCAGGGACACGCGUCAUGUUGACAUUCGUAACUGAUAGAAGCACAGCAGAGCUUCGGUAUUAACACUGUCCAUCUGAUAGGAGUUAGUUUGAGACUCUGAGGGAUAGGUUACAGUGGCAACAAUUCCCUUAUAGAGACUAAUUUGGUAAGACAGAUGAAAUUAGCCCCCAAAAAACUGCUGUGAGUUGCUUUGGCUGUUUGCGGAGAAAAAGCACUUGAGUGAAAGAGAAUCCUUUCUUAGCCAGAGGAGGCUACUAUGGCGUAAAAGCAGGUGAGAAGGAUGUGGAGUUGUCACUAAAACCAAAGGGAUGGAGAGUUUACACAGACAGCUCAGCGUGUUUUGUAACGCCCGACUGAUCUCCGCUUCAAGUGCUCUUAGGCUGGCCCAGCUCCUUUUCAUCCUCUCGUGUAACUUUGCGUGUGGUCAGAAACCAAAUGAAAGGAAAGGAGGUGUUCCUGUCCACAGGCGUUGUGGAAUUAGAGAUGGAAACAUCUCAUGGUUGGUGUCGUGGCAUGGCAGGGAAAAAAAAGGGAGAAACUGAAAAGAAAGGAAAAGAGAAAGUAUCCCCUUUGAAGUGAUCAAAGGCACAUGUUCAGAGACUGUUCAUGUUCAGAGAUUGAGGUGCAUUUCAACCAGCCCAUGGCCAAAAGCGCCUCCACUUUUGUAAUGGAUGAUUUUCAUGAUUCCUAUACUUUUUACCCAUUGUUGAAAGGCAAAACUCUCAUCGGUUUGCGCUUCACAAAACAGUAAUCUCUGCAUCUAUCAGAAAGUUUAUGGUGCGUUUUCCACCAACAGAAAACUGUCUCCGUUCUGGUUCAUGCUCCAGAUACUGAUCCAGCAUUUCCAUCUAAACUUAAAUCGGUUCAGAACCUGAAAAGUUGGCUCAGAGCUGCUACCAGAAAAUAGUUGCACCCAGCACCCUUUGUCGAUGAUGCAUACAUGGUUCUGUUCAAACUGGUGGAAGUGCGGUAUGGUUUACUAAAUAGCACCAAGGUUCAAAGAAUUCUAAAAGGAAUCAGUUGAAGAACUAGUUUUCCGUAGGAUGAAAAACGCGAUGAUCGCCUAAGUUAGCUAAAAACCUGGUUGACUCUUUUCCUUUGAGUUUUAUGGUACCUUGGUCAAGAGAUUUGGCUGUGCUAUAUUUUGUGAAACCACCACUUGGUAGUACUGCCCACAUCAAUGCUUGCCCCUUCCUCCUCUCUUCCUCCUCGACUAUUAAAAUGAAUGUGUUGGAAACAAGAGUUCUAAGAGUGUACCCACUUCAGUUGCUAACACGUCGAUGUCUCUAGCAAUAGGUUAGAUUCAAGUGUUCGUAACAAAGCAGAAUGCCUUCUUGUCAACACCUGGUGUUGCUGCCUUGUCUUAUCACCCCUGAUAUGUAUUAUCUCCUCUGGUCCCCCACCAGACAGUGUACUUGUGUUUACCUUCAGAGCCAUUCAAAGUGUCACUUUGGGAAGAAAAGUGUCUUUCCAAACUCCUGCAUUUUCAAAAACAUGAUGUGAAACAAAAUGUUUUUUUGUUCUUUUGUAACACUAUUGCUGUCCAUGGGACUUAAUAGACGAUAUGGACAUUGAGUUCUUGUCACAUGUAAUUGUAGCAUGCCCGCCUGCUUGUGUAGACCAGGUGAAAAAGACUAGCAGAGAAACCUGUAGCUUUUCUGCUUGAAACUACCUCAUGUGUAGUGAGGGUUUGUGUCGUCACUGUCUCCAUUGGAAGCCAUAAGCUGUAGUACUGUGAAGAGUGCAAGCACACAGGCCUUUGAUCUCUGUCUCCUCCAUGUGCCUUCUCCUAGAGAGCCUAAAUGUCACUGUCGUGAGUAUGGACCAGGCAAGUCCAGAGUAUCGACUCUCUUUUGUGUGUGUGUGUGUGUGUGUGUAUGUGAGUGUCAUAAAGUCAACGUUGCUUUUAAAAUAAAUGUACUUAUUUUUGUUCAAAGGUGAAUCUAUUUUCCAUUUAAAAUGAGAAAAAAGAGUGGACGAUUAUGUGUAAAUAAACAUUUCCAAGUGAA